UUUUACUUUUCCAUUGCGUCUGACCCAAAGGUGUGGGAUGCUGUCAUGGAAAACAAGGAUCUCAUGAAUUUCUUGAGACCAACACUGCUUCAACUAAGGAUGAAGCUGACAAUGACGACAAAUCUGAACUUUCUAGCGAGACUGAAUGAAGAAGACAGUGAAGAGAAGCCAAUCCAGCUCAUGGAGAUUCUGCGAGACAUGAAGCUGAAAGCUGUUCAAAUGAUGGAAAAUGUAUCUUCCUACUUUGGGGGUUUGUUCAGGACGAGACUUUCACAGAGGGUGGACAGGAGAGGAAGAGAUGUUGCUCAACGACCCUACUACUCUCUUUGGAUUAGCUGUUUGCGUUAUUUUCAUGGUAGUUCUGAAACGUGCUAACAAGUUCCAGUUUCCUUUUAAACUUGCCGAUAUAGCUUAUAACUACUGUGUUCUCUUUCUGCUACUUCAUUAUCGUUUAGAGUUUUUUUUUUUAAACUGUUCUACUUAUGUUUGGAAUGAUUUGGAACUUGCCUUUGAUAUUUUCAUAAAUAAAAGUAUGCUUUGGUUGAA